AUGGCUGAGCAAACUCGCACCCCCACGGGCCGUGGUCGCGGUGACUCUUCGUUUCUAACCACACCCGCUGGGGAUAGACAGCCCGGUGGUCUCAGCCAGACAACCGUACCGGCUCCGCCUGUCGCGGCCGCAGUCAGCCUCAAGCUCCCGCCGUACUGGCCGAAGGACCCUGCUAUUUGGUUCGCCAAAGUCGAAGCACUGUUCCACACGCGCGGAAUAACGAGUCAGCGAACCCGAUAUGAUUACAUUGUUGCUUCUCUGGACGCAGAAUUCGCCAUGGAGGUCCGUGAUUUGCUGCUGGAAGCCCCGCCGACCACUCCUUAUGACACAUUGAAGAAGGAGUUGGUUCGUCGCACCCAGACAUCCCAACAGCAACGCCUACAGCAGUUGCUGACAAAGGAGGAACUGGGCGAUCGCAAGCCCUCACAACUACUUCGGCGCAUGCAGCAACUCCUGGGAGACCGCACUAUGGAUGCUGAGGUUCUGAAGGAGCUGUUCAUCCAGCGUCUCCCCUCCAAUGUGCGUGUAGUAAUUGCUUCCUCCUCCGACUCCCUGCCCCUGGAUAAGCUGGCUGAUAUGGCAGACAGAGUGCUGGAAGUGGCCCAACCCACACCGAUCAUUGCUGCUGCUCCUGCUGCCUCCAGUGCCGCCUCGGAGAUCGCUGAGCUCCGGGCCCAGAUCGCCGCACUAACGACCUCCAUGGACAACAUGAGGAGCCAUCGUGGCCGUUCCAGAGCGAGUACUCCUGCAUCGUCCCGGUCCAGCAGUCCCAAGCUGUGCUUCUAUCAUGCGCGUUUCGGAAAACGUGCAAGGAAGUGCACCACGCCGUGCACCUAUGCCUCGGGAAACGGGAGCGCCAGGGAUUAG